CCUGAGCCUACGAUGUCAUCACGAGUAGUGCCCGUGAACCCGGAAGCGUGCAGCUCAGAUGCUGGCUGCAGCCAGCCACGCAGCAGCGAGUUGCAUCCGUGCAAGGGGGGGGGGGGUCUGUUGAAUCUGCAGGCAUAUUUCAGUCUUAAGUUUCCACCGGGUUUUUAGGAGCAAAGAUGGAUUCCCACAAAGAAGCCCAGCCGAAAGGAAACUUUGAAUGCCAACUAUGUGGGCUAACAGCCCCAUUCAGCUAUUAUGGGCAGAAACCCCCAAAUACUCAUUCUGUUGUGGGCCCCCUAACGGAACCCCAGACUGGCAGCGGGCUGAACGGGGCCGGAGGCCAGGACCCCGGCUGGCAGGGGGCUGGGCGCUGGAACCCCAGAGCAGCAGCGAGCCUCCUGGAAGAAAGCUAUGUCAUGAAAGAUCCUUUCAUCCCUGACAAGGACAAAUUCCUUAUCCUUGGAUCUCAGUGCAGUUUGUGUAACAGACGGGUGUGUGUGGGCACAGAAUGUAGUCUAUUCUACUCAAAAAGGUUCUGCCUCCCCUGCGUUAAUGAAAACCUACAGGAGUUUCCUUUGGAAAUACGACACGACUUGAAUAAAAGGAAGUCUCAUUCAAAAUCCUAACCCCUCCAAAAAAGCAGGUGCAAGAACUUAAAUUAAAAGCAACUGGAAGAGACAUCGCUCAGAGGGUUGUGUUUUUUUUGUUUGCCCUAAAAUGUAGAUUUUUGUAACAAUGAUGUUUAGGCAAUUUACUACCAGUACAAGUAUUUUCAUGUCAGUGCUUUAAGUUAGUUUGGAUUUAGGCAUUCCCAUGCAGUGUUUGCAAUGCAGGUACUCCAGCACUGGGCUGCUGCAGGAGAACCAGAGAGGAAAGCAGCCAGGCCUCUGGUCACUGACCAGGUUACAUGUAAUGCAAAUAUUAAACAGCACAAAGGAUGGAAAAUAGGUCAGAAUUUUAGUUUUUCAGUUUUCAUGAGCUAGGGUGUUGGCCAUUUUCUUGCAAGUGUUACUAAAAAUACAGGCAAUGCUCUCAGCUGGUUUGUCAGUAUAGUUCGACUGAAGACCAUUUACACUAGCUGAGAAUCUGGCCCAUAACAGUUAACUUGACAAUAUCACUUCAUUAAGCUUAUGGUCGACAAAGAACCUGAUGCCUCCUGACUCUUUUCCCCCCUAAGUUUCUGUUCUACAGCACGAGAUCACAGAGCAUAUCAGAACAGAUAUUCAUAGAAAAGUAUGUUGUCUGGAGGCCAUUGUGUCAAGACUAUAUCUGCUUGCAGAAGUCAUUGUGUGGCAUUAAACUUGCAAUGGAACAUAUCAGCCGAUACUUACAAGACUGCAACCACUUUUCACUCCAACUUCCAAUGAGGUGGAAACAUCCUUUGCGUGGGGGAGUGGGAAAGGGUUCCUUCCUGGGUGCAGCGUUUCCUUUACAAAUUAGAAAAAGAUAAUGCUUUCCAGAUCAUUUAUUUGAUCUUGACUGGACAGUAUGAUUUACUUGGAAAUAAUAAAGUUCAGCCAGUAAACUGUCAGAUUAACCCUUGCCUGUCUUGGGCAAUUAAAGAGAAAUUCAAGAGAGAUUUAAAUUAGGCUGUGACAGUUUAAACAAUUGAAAUGAUGGCCUUUAUUGAUUUUGCUUUACUUGCAUGGGAUAUUUUAUAUAAAAAUUAAAGUCAAUGUGAACUUUAACCUGAUUGAAGCUUUUUUUAUAACAAGUAAAUGGUUAAUUUGCCAAAAUAAUUAACUCUUGACUGGAGUUAGCUGUACCAGGCAAUUUGUUUGAGAUCAGUGUUGAAUGAAUAUUUAGAGAGACGGACACAGAGUGCAAUAUUUUGAUCAGCUAGGGCUGCAGAUUCAUACUACAUUGACUAAUGUGACAGAGUGCUGGACUACCCACUUACUCAUGCAGUGUAAAUUAAACAAUUGUCAGAUAACUUUCACUCAGUGCUGACCCAGAUUUUAGCUAGUGGCCUCGAUCAGGGGUUCUCAAGCUUUUUCUUGCGGAGACCCCCACAAUAUGCUAUAAAAAUUCUAUGGACCACCUGUGCCACAACUACUACUGUUCUGCAUAUCCAGUAGAUUAAAAGCCAGGGCCGGCAUUAAGGGGUAGCAAGCAGGGCAAUUGCAUGCCACAGGGGUCCUGCAAAGUUAAGUUGCUCAGGCUUCAUCUUCAGCCCUGGGUGUCAAGCCUCAGGCUUCAGCUUUCUGCCCUGGGCCCCAGUAAGUCUAACGCUGGCCCUGCUGUCGGGUUUAUUUUGGCAGACUCCCUAAACUUGCAGCCCCCAAGAGGGCCCCAGAUUCCUGGUUGAGAACCACUGGCCUAGAGGUCAAACUCCAGAUCUCAUUACUAUUCCUCUGAGCCAUCUAGUCCAACAGAAAACAGCUUUUGAUAUUUAAACUAAAAGCGUACUAGUCAAUUCCACAUUGCUUGUGGGAACAGUAGUGUCCAGUCAUCCUAAAGAAAUGUAAUUUAGACAGCAGGGCCUUUCUGAUCACUACAGUACCUGUUUGUUAUAAAUGAUAUGAGGGUGGCUUCUGCUGUGAUAACAAUAUCACUGGUGAAUAAAUUGCAAGGCUGAAGUCAGGUGGUUACAACAAACAAACACAGAGUCCAAGGGCUACUCCGUUCAACUACUCACAAGAAUAUGGCUUAUAGGAUUGGACUCUUAGGUCUCCCACAGUCCUGGAACUGGUUGUGUGUGGACACCUUUGGAGCUGUAUGGAGUUUCAUGGAAUGCAGCAGGGCUCCAGUUAGACAAAGAUGUUUGCUGAUCAAUUGCAGGAGCAGGACUUAUUUACAGCUUAGCUUGCAAUCUUUUGAGCUAUAUGCUUUUUAUGGGAAAAAAUUGCUUUUGCAUAGAUUAAUAGCACUGCACACUUCUACGGCAUCACA